AUGGUGGUUCCUCCUCCGGUAAGGCCAGAAAGAGUGACCAAGUUUCUGAAACCCUAUGUCCUUAGAAUGCACUUCACGAAUAAGUUUGUAAAUGCGCAAGUUGUUCACACGCCCACGGCUACUGUAGCAUCUGCAGCCAGCACACAAGAGAAGGCACUGAGAUUGAGCUUGGAAAAGGCUAAAGAGAGCACUAGGGAUGUGUCGGCUGCUGCCAAAAUCGGGAAAAUACUCGGAGAAAGGUUGCUGCUUCAGAAUAUACCUGCUGUGUCCGUUUUCUUGAAGAAGGAUCAGAAAUAUCACGGCAAGGUGAAAGCCGUGAUCGAUUCAUUGACUAAGGCAGGAGUGAAAUUGGUGUAA